ACCAAGAUGAGUCUACCGGACUCCAGAACCUCAGAGAAACCGUCUUCUGCCGCAGCUUCACCCUCUGCUGUGGUCCAGUUAAAUGUGGGGGGUCACCUGUUCAGCACCACGCUGAGCACGCUCAGGAGGCCCCCCGACUCCAAGCUGGCGGAGCUGUUCGGCGGUCAGCCCAGACUGCGCACUGAUCCACAGGGACGCUUCUUCAUCGACCGCGACGGGUCCCACUUUGGGUCGGUGCUGGAGUUCCUGAGGUCGGAGAGGCUGCCCACGGAGAACAUCCAGGAGGUUUACAAGGAGGCGGUCCACUACAACAUCAAACCUCUGAUCAAACGUCUGGAGGAGGCACCUCAGCUGUUUGGGGAGCUGGUGGGGAGGCAGCAGUUCCUCUCCAGAGUCCCACACUACAAAGAAAACAUUGAGGUUCUGAUUCGUAUCGCCCGAGCCGAGGCCAUCGCCGCACGCCGCUCCACCGUCCUGGUCUCCGUGCUGCGGACCGAGGAGGACUUGGGUUGCCACGACAACGCCAUCAACCGCCUGGAGGCGGACAAGGAGUCGGUGGUGACGUUCGGUCCGUGGAAGGCUGCGCCGUCGGUCAGAGACCUGCUGGACUGCGUGAAGAUGGACAUCGAGAGUCGGGGCUACCGGGUGAGCGUGGAGCCUCACGUCGCCGAGAGGAGCUUCCUGUCCAAGAGCUACGACUUCUUCUACAAACUCACCUUCACCUGGUGGUGACGGGACCCAGCAGGAAACUAACAGGAAGUGGUUCA